CGGUGCCGGUUCGGACGAUGGGUUCUUUUGAGAGCGAUGCUGGCCAAAGGUACACAGAGGAGUACAGUAUGGACUCGACCAAUGCACAGGUGCAGGUGGAGUUUUAUGUAAAUGAAAACACAUUCAAGGAGAGGUUGAAGCUCUUCUUCAUCAAAAACCAAAGGUCAAGUCUCAGAAUACGCCUCUUCAACCUCUCCUUGAAGUUGUUAACAUGCCUCCUCUAUAUAAUCAGAGUCUCACUAGAUGAUCCAACUAACCAGGUCACAUGUGCACGGAAACAUUGCACAAACAUCACAGAUGCUCUUUGCAACAAAGCCUGUGGCAACUACACAACAAACCUGACCACAGAUCCCAUACAAAUAAACUGGGAGUUAAUAUUUUGGGUGAAUAGGAGAGUUCCUGUAUGGGCGAUACAGGUGACAGUGGCCUUAAUUAGCUUCUUGCAAGCUAUGCUUCUGGCGUAUCUCAGCUACAAGGGGAACAUUUGGGAGCAGAUUUUCCAAAUCUCCUUUAUCAUUGAGAUGAUCAAUACAGUGCCGUUCAUAAUUACAAUCUUUUGGCCUCCGCUGAGGAACAUAUUUGUUCCUGUGUUUCUUAACUGUUGGCUUGCCAAAUCAGCGCUGGAGAACAUGAUUAAUGAUCUCCAUCGUGCCAUUCAGCGCACACACUCUGCCAUGUUCAACCAGGUCCUCAUUCUGAUCUGUACACUGCUCUGUCUGGUCUUUACUGGGGCUUGUGGGAUUCAGCACCUCGAGCGGGCAGGGAAGAGCCUCUCCCUCUUCGACGCUUUAUAUUUCUGCAUCGUCACCUUCUCGACUGUUGGUUAUGGAGAUGUCACACCCAGAAUCUGGCCCUCUCAGCUACUGGUGGUCAUCAUGAUCUGUGUGGCUCUGGUGGUGCUGCCAUUACAGUUUGAGGAGUUGGCAUAUCUUUGGAUGGAGAGGCAGAAGUCAGGUGGAAACUACAGCAGACAUCGUGCUCAGACAGAGAAGCAUGUGGUUCUCUGCGUCACUUCACUCAAAAUAGACCUGCUCAUGGAUUUCCUCAAUGAGUUCUACGCCCACCCGAGACUACAGGAUUAUUAUGUGGUGAUACUCUGUCCCACUGAGAUGGACAUCCAGGUUCGGCGUAUACUGCAGAUCCCGCUGUGGUCUCAACGGGUUAUCUACCUCCAAGGCUCUGCACUGAAGGACCAAGACCUGAUGAGGGCCAAGAUGGACGAUGCAGAGGCGUGCUUCAUCCUCAGCAGCAGAAAUGAAGUGGACCGCACUGCAGCUGAUCAUCAAACCAUUCUGCGAGCAUGGGCUGUGAAGGACUUUGCUCCAAACUGUCCUCUAUAUGUCCAGAUUCUCAAACCUGAGAACAAAUUCCAUGUCAAAUUUGCAGAUCAUGUGGUGUGUGAGGAGGAGUUCAAGUAUGCCAUGCUGGCCCUCAACUGUGUGUGUCCGGCCACCUCUACACUGGUCACACUCCUGGUGCACACAUCUCGUGGACAGGAGGGACAGAUGUCUCCAGAACAGUGGCAGAGGACGUAUGGCCGCUGCUCGGGGAAUGAAGUUUACCACAUUCGUUUGAUGGACAGCAAGUUCUUUGGCGAAUAUGAUGGGAAGAGUUUUACUUAUGCCUCCUUCCAUGCACAUAAAAAGUAUGGUGUCUGCCUAAUCGGCACCAAGAGAGAAGACAAUAAGAGCAUACUUCUGAACCCUGGCCCUCGCCACAUCAUGUCUGCCACAGACACCUGCUACUACAUUAACAUCACUAAAGAGGAGAACUCUGCCUUCAUCUUCAAACAGGAGGAGAAGCACAGCAAAGGGCAGUCGGCCACCGGCGUGUAUGACGCCCCCUCUCGUCUCCCGGUGCAGAGCAUCAUUGCAAGCAUGGGAACUGUGGCCAUUGACCUGCAGAACCCAGAUCCCCCGGCUGACAGCAGUAAACUGGCCCUGCCCACAGAGAACGGAGCUGGGAGUCGUAGACCCAGCAUUGCCCCUGUGCUGGAGAUCGCCGAUUCCUCUGCAAUCCUGCCUUGUGAUCUUCUCAGUGACCCCUCAGAAGACGAGACCAACCAAUCGGAUGAUGAAGGAGCACCAGCCUUAGAGUGGAUUAGAGGCUAUCCUCCAAACUCCCCUUACAUUGGAAGCUCCCCAACUCUUUGUCACCUUUUGCAACAAAAGGCGCCGUUUUGUUGCCUACGACUUGACAAGGGUUGUCGGCAUAAUAGCUUUGAAGACGCCAAGGCAUACGGUUUCAAAAACAAGUUGAUUAUCGUUUCUGCUGAAACUGCAGGAAAUGGCCUGUACAACUUCAUAGUGCCACUGCGUGCCUAUUACCGACCCCGGAAGGAGCUGAAUCCCAUUGUGCUGCUGUUGGAUAAUCCGCCUGAUAAUCAUUUUCUUGAAGCCAUCUGCUGUUUCCCUAUGGUGUACUACAUGGCUGGUACCAUUGACAAAUGUUCAACUGCUAAUAAACUGCCGUCAGACAAUGAGCCUGUUAACCUGUUGACAACCUGUUUCCAUGCUGAGCAGUCUCAGGUGUCUGUGGAGGACUGUGAGGACCCGCGGGACCACAGGGAAUCCUGGAAAGAGAAAACCGCCCACAGAAACUCCACAGGGAGCGACCAAUCAGAGCACCCACUCCUGCGGAAGAAGAGCAUGCAGUGGGCGAGACGGCUAAGCAGAAAAAGCACCAAACCGCCCAGUCGAGUUGAACGCAUCAAUCAACAGCGCCUAAACCUGUACCGGCGUUCAGAGAGACAGGAGCUGUCAGAGCUGGUGAAGAACCGCAUGAAGCACUUAGGGCUGCCCACUGUGGGAUACGAGGACGUAGCUAAUUUAACUGCAAGUGAUGUGAUGAACCGAGUAAAUCUAGGAUAUUUGCAAGAGGGUACUUACAUGACAGAGGGUACUGCAGUGGCUCAAACAGAUGAAAUGAAUGAUAAUCAGAACACGUUAUCAUAUGUGCUGAUAAACCCUCCUCCGGACACCAUUCUAGAGCUCAAUGAUAUUGUCUACAUCAUCCGUUCUGAUCCGCUGGCACAUGUCCCUGAGAAUCUCCCAGGGGCUCCGGCCGGAGUGAAGCUACGACAAGACUAUGGACCUGAGACGAGGGAUGAGACCCAUCUGUAGGAACUGGAAGUUCUCGUUAACCCUCCCUUCUCCGCCUUGAGCUGCUACAGUCUGCAUGAAGAUUGACAGGACUCACAACCGACCGUACAGACACGACCCAUGUGCCAACACAUUCACAACCCAAGCUGCCCAACCAAGCCAAAUGGUCGUAACUGUAGAACUGAAACACUUUACAGAUUCCUCUUUUCUACAACACAGACAUACAGAAUCUCGUGACACAUUUCAGACUUCUCUGAAUGUGGCUGGUUAUUACAUUUUUGUAUUUGAGACUUGGCUCAGUGCAAGUGUGAGGUGUUGAAUCAGUUUGGACCAAACAAGAUUGGAUUUAUAGGACAGUAUAUAUCAGAAACAUUACGUAAAGCAGCAUUCAAGAGGGCAGCUAAAGACAGAAGGG